AUGGAUGAUGAUGAUGAGUGGUGCCUGCCAGUGGCAAGUGCUGUGUCACAGCCACCAGUGGCAAGUGCUGUGUCACAGCCACCGUCACUGCCACGUGGCAACAGUGCUGCAGCCUUGGAGAGUCCGUGUGAAAAGGGCUGCUUGACUCAGGAAGAAUUUUGCAGACUGAAAUUGAAGUGGGAGGGGAAAUUGUUCAUCGACCCUUCCCAGACCAGUUUGGGCACCUGGCUCUCAGGCAGAACGCAGAAUGGGCGCUUUCUCGUGUUUUGUUCGGUAUGCGCCAGGCUGAAGGAUUCGAAGGAUGGCCGUAGCAGAAGCACCGCCUGGGCCACCGGUUUUCAGCCUACCGUCAGAAGCUUUCACUUGACUCAUGUGCAGCGACACAGCUCCACGUGUAAGGUGCACAAACAGGCUGUGAAAGAUUAUUUAAAGGCCUUGGGUUUGCAGAGUGAAGGGCCUGAAGACGAAAGCUGUUUUUUGAACCGUGAGCAGUUUCAUGCUGCCGUGCAGAAGACAUGGGACGGCUGCAGAAAGGGUCAUUCUUUUCGAAGCCUGGCAGAUGAUGACGUGGGUUCAAAGUCACGUGCUGGUCGACUUGUUGAGGUCAUGGGAUGCGCAUGCCUUGCAGAGGAACAAGAAUUUCUCCGGGAUUCUGAUGUUCUGGCUUUAUACCAAGACGUCCGGGCUGGCAUGUUGUGCAUCCGAUACUCUGCAGUUUCGCUAGACUCACAGCUUUGUCGUCACGGUGUGCUCGGCAUUUGUCAUAAUGCUGGCACAAAAAGCUUGGAUCUCGUCGAAGCGAUGGACAAAGUGAUUGGCAGCUUUUGUACGCUAGAUUGUGAUUCUGGUGACAUGGAUCAUGAGCUUCGACAGCACAUAUGCGAGCAUGCUGAAUUUUUGCAGGCUGAUGGUGCAAGUGAUGAGCAGCUCACAAUGCGAUUUGCGGAGCAAGACUUGCUGACGAAUGUGCGACUGCUUGACAGGGAUCCAACGCAUGCAGCACGCCGAUUGCUUCGAAACGCAUGGCGGGCGGACCCUUAUUUGGAAUCAGUCUUAGACCAAUACAUCACGUCACCGGAAUCUAUGACGGCACUGAUCCAAUACUCCGCAGACCUGAAACAUUUGUUCGAAGUUGCAGUGCUGAGCGAUGACAACGCUCCAUUUUCAGUCCGAAACCUCGGAUGGGCGGCACACCGAUUCGAUUCCAUGACGCGGCCUCUCUCGCGCUUUAUCGUACUAUUCGAUUCUAUCUGGGCAUGCGGGAUCGAUGUGUGGAACAAGCGAAAGGGAACUCGCCCUGGCGAGAGGGCACAUUCCUUCUUGUCCGAAAGCAGCGCAGAGUCUUUGCUACAGCUGGCGAUGUUAGCAGACUGGUCAGCCGAGACCCUUGACCUAGUGCGAUUCUUCGACAGGGAGACUUUCGACUCCGCUUCCGUGGCCGAAACGUUGACACAGUUUAAACACCGACUGGACACGCUUUUUGUUCAACGAGAGGUGUUGCAGUGCCCGGGUCACACGACUCACAUCAUAGCUUUGUUGAGAGCUAAAGAAAAAACAGCAGUGUUGAAGCAUGGUGUCUUGAAAGUCCUGGGUGGUCCUGACAGCAUUCCUCUUGAUCUUAUCGACCGCUGCAUUGCUCGCAUGUGCAAUUGGGUAAAGCUGGUUUAUGCCCGUAUUGCUGCAGAAUUUCCCAACCACGACCUGGUGAACAGUAUGUCGGUUUUCAAUUUGGGGGACAGCCUUGAGGCUGCAGAGCAGACGGGAAAUUAUGCGGACACCAUGAAAAAAGCACGACAGGAAAGCUUGCUGCGCCUCUCGCAGGCCUUCGGUGUGGCAGUGGAUGGACCCAAUCAACAGGAGUUGUUUCGACAAUACAUGAACUUGCGACGGAAUGCUCUGCAUUUGCUGAGGACGGGCAAAGCUGCGUCCAACGCAGAGGCGUGGAGAUUGGCCAGGUCUAAGCUAAAAGACAAAAGAUUGAGUCAUCACCCAACACACUUGAUCGAUGUCGUGCUUUGCCGCUACCAGUGUCUUAAUGGCUUCACAACAAGUGGUGUGGAGCAAUCGUUUUCUACCUUCGUGCGCACCUUGGGUGACUACCGGAUGCACAUGCAACCGUCGUUGCAAGAGCAUCUCCUGCGUGUGGUGCUCGCAGCAGAAAGCUGCAUGAGCAAAGGGUUCAAGGCGAUAUGCGAGCAGAUCUGGACACUUCGCUUCCACGAGUUUCGAAAACCCAUCAAAGAUCGCUUUCGGCGCGAACCAAGUGCUAGCAGCAAUGCCAAAACAGAGACAUCAUGGCAAAACCAGCGACGCUCGGCACUGCGUGCUGCUGCCGCAAGCUCUUCUGUCCGGGCCGAAGAGGAUGUCUUACAGGACGCAGCUGGGGUUGGUCGUCACUUUUGGCAGCCUGGACACAAUGAGGAAAUGAAAGUUCUGGAAAACUUGGCCAAGGAUGCCAGGCUGGAAGCCUAUGCUCGAAACCAUUUGCUGCAGACGGAAAUUGGUGACGAUGGUGAGGCCCUGUGCCAGGAUCUGCAAGCCAGGCAAUCCAAGCGAAAGAAGCAGGAAGAUGAGCACCGGCGUGCAUUCGAGAAGAUGCGCCGUCUGGCCAAAAGGCCUGCGAUGGUUGUUGAUGCUAGCGUGUAUCUGCAUUUGGGGAAUGCGCAACAUGCUCUUGACGACAUGGCUUCAGCAAUGACACGCCAAAAUUUCACUCUGUCUGAGGAGUCGGAGGUUCUUUCUAGUGAUUAUCACGUGGUGGCGAGACUCGAUGCAGCUCCCGUGCAGGCUCGACUCGCUGCUGCUUUGUGUGGUACUGCCUUGUGCAACAUGAUGUACAUCACAAGUAGUGGGAAAGACGGCACAUGCAUUGCAAACAAGAGGGCUUUGUCAACACAGAGGCGGAUUUGGAUCUCUGAGCCUUUCUUGUUGGAAAAGCCGGCAGAGGCGGAUCUCCUGCUGCAGGCUAUCAGCAUCAAUGGAAGCAAUUGGCGAGUUGUGCCAGAACAGACUUGGUUGCAUCACGCGCUGAAUGGAGGGCCCAUGAAGUUCCUUGCUUUAGUGUCCACAGAAGAGAAGGAGUCAGAUUACAAGGACAUCAGGAACGCGAUGACUUUCGACUCAUUCCUCUCCUGGAUCGGGGACAUCGAUGCUGUCAGAUGCGCGCACGGUGCUGCAAACCGCUGA